CCUCACGUGACCAAAACAGGAAGUGUAGCUAGUUGGACUGUUGACUUUACAACAACACUGAGGACUCAAAUGUGUCUGUACAUGUAUAUUUAAUACAGUCCAUGCUACAUAUUUGCGCUAAAGAAAGUGGAGUUGUGUUAGCCCUGUCGGUCUGGAAACAUGACAGACAUUUUGUUAAAGAUACAAAACAGCGUAGUAGAGAAAAAGAAGACUGCUGUGGCUCAGAGUGACUUGCAGAAGUGGGGUUUACGAGGGAUACAGCUGAGACCUUACCAGCUGGAUGGUGUGCAGUGGUUAACUCAGUGCCUGAAGAACCAGCAGGGAUGCAUUUUAGGAGACGAAAUGGGUCUGGGGAAAACCUGUCAGACGAUCUCUCUGCUGGUGUACAUGUCAGGAGCUCUUGGGAAGACAGGUCCGUUUUUGGUGCUGAGCCCACUCUCUGUCAUGGAGAACUGGAGAAAGGAGUUGGAAUGCUUCGCUCCGUCUCUGACUGUGCUGUGUUACAAGGGAGACAAAGAGAGACGGGCUGAGCUUCAGAGGGAAACAGACACACAGGACUUCCAUCUUCUGCUCACUACAUAUGAGCUGUGUCUCAAAGAUGCUUCAUUCUUGAGACGGUGGAAGUGGAAGGUUCUCGUGGUAGACGAAGCUCACAGACUGAAGAAUCAGAAUUCACUAUUGUACAAAGCCUUGACAAAGUUUUCAGUUGGUUUUAGAGUCCUUCUGACAGGGACCCCCAUCCAGAACAACCUGCAGGAGCUCCACUCUCUGCUGAGUUUCAUUCAGCCCAGCAUCUUUACAGCUGAUGAGACAGACAGCUUUGCCAACUCUUACGCCAAUGUACAAAGUCAACCUGCUCUUGCUGCUGAGCUGCAAAGUGUCCUGGAGCCCUUCCUGCUUCGUAGAGUCAAGUCAGAAGUGGCUGUAGAUCUGCCGAAGAAGACGGAGCUGCUGGUGUACCACGGCAUGUCUGCCCUGCAGAAGAAAUACUACAAAGCCAUUCUGAUGAAGGAUCUGGAGGCUUUUGGAAAUGAACAGGGCAACAAGAACCGGCUGCUGAACAUCUUGAUGCAACUGAGGAAGUGUGUUGACCACCCAUACAUGUUUGAUGGUGUGGAACCAGAGCCUUUUGAGAUGGGGGAGCAUCUGGUUGAAGCCAGUGGGAAACUUUGCCUUUUGGACAGCAUGCUGACUUACCUUCACAAAGGGGGCCAUCGGAUCCUGCUGUUCUCUCAGAUGACGAGGAUGCUGGACAUCCUUCAGGAUUACAUGGAGUACAGAGGUUAUAGCUAUGAACGUCUGGAUGGGUCCGUCCGAGGUGAAGAAAGAAAUCUAGCAGUGAAGAACUUCAGCAGCAAACAUAUCUUUGUCUUUCUACUCAGCACUAAAGCAGGUGGAGUGGGCCUGAAUCUCACAGCUGCUGACACUGUCAUUUUCAUGGACAGUGACUUCAACCCUCAAAAUGACCUGCAGGCUGCAGCACGCUGCCAUCGGAUUGGUCAGAACAGGCCUGUGAAAGUGAUCCGCCUUCUGGCAAGAGACACUGUGGAGGAAAUAAUGUACUCUCGUGCUGUAUCCAAGUUGCACCUCACCAACACUGUUAUUGAAGAAGGACGCUUCUCUUUGCUGGACCAAGCUCAGUCAGCUGCUGCAGGACUGGAGCUUAGCGAGAUUUUGAAAUUUGGGGUAGAUAAGCUUUUGUCAUCGGAGGAGAGCUCUGUACAGGAUGUGAAACUGGAGAAGAUCCUCGGUCCAUCAUGUCAGGGUCAGUGGGUGGAUGAAGACUUCACCUCGCUCAGAGAAAAGCAGAAAGAAGAGGAGGAGGAGGAGGAGAAGAACGGCUCUGAAUCUGACGGGCAGAACCACAUGUACUACUUUGAGGGAAAAGACUACAGUAAGGACCCCAGCUCUGAAGACCAGAUGAGCUUUGAGUGUUUGCUGGAGGAGCAGCUGGCCGAGUUUCAGAGAGCUGCAGGAGAGGGACGAGCUCUGCGACACAAAGCUGGACUUUCACUGUCGGUAGCUCUUGGGAUGCCGACGAGGAAGAGGAAACUUCUUACUGAGGCUGAGCUGGAGCUGAGGCGCCAGAGAAGGGAGGAGGCUUCAGCCAAGAGAGCCAAAAUUCAGGAGGACCUGAAGAAGAAGCAACAAGAGCAGAAAUACAAGAAAAAAAUGGCGUGGUGGGAGUCGUGCGGCUACAGAUCACCGUGCCUGUCGUCUAUGGACAGUGAAGAAGAAGGAGGAGGAGGAGAAGAAGAAGAAGAGGAGGAGGAGGAGGAUGACAGCAGCGUAUGCUCCACAGACUCUGACAGCACGGCCAUCCACUACGUUCUCGGGGACGUUACUCAUCCUCACGCCGCUCAGGCAGACGCUAUCAUCGUCCACUGUGUUGAUGACUCAGGCCGGUGGGGCAGGGGAGGCCUGUUUACAGCUCUAGAGCUGCGAUCGGAUGAACCACGAAAGAAGUAUGAGUUGGCCGGCAAGAUGAAAGAUUUGGACCUUGGAAAUGUGCUGCUCUUCCCCAUCGAUGACAAACAGUCCAGAUUAGACGGCCAGGAUCAAUUAGCCCUAAUCGUGGCACAGCAAAGAGACAAAGCAAACAACUUGUCUGGGAUCCUUCUAACUGCUCUGGACGAAGCUCUGAAGAAGAUUUACACUGCAGCCAAAAGAAAAAAGGCGAGUGUACAUCUUCCUCGUAUCGGCCACUCCACCAGAGGUUUCAACUGGUACGGCACAGAGAGGCUCAUCAGAAAACACUUGGCCUCCAGAGGCAUCCCCACAUUCAUAUACUAUCACAACAGAGCAGCAAAGAACACAGCUCCACCUCAGACAUCCACCUCUGCGACCUUAACGUCAACAUCCUCCCCCGAACCACAGUUGCAUAACCCCAGGAGGCUGGCUGAGGAGACGGAAGCAGAAAGCCCUGGCCCCCCGGCUCCUCUCCAGAGCCAGAGCCACGGCCCCGCCGAGCUCCCCGAUUUCAUGAGGGGAGUGCGUGUGUUUUUCUACAACCUGCCUGCAUCAGAGAGGAAGAGGCUGGCCCGCUACCUUAUCACUUAUGAUGGAGAUGAGGAGGAGAUCAUGAGUCCGGAGGUCACCCACAUAGUUGCAGAGGUGGAGAACAGCAUUCACUCACAGGAGCUCCAGGAUCUGGUGCGUCAGUACACCCAGGUUGUCCCUGUGCAGAAGGACUGGCUAGAGUCCUGCUUCUCCAAACAACGAAAAGUCAACACUGCCCUGUUCCUACAUCUGCUCAGAUAACAGGUUUUAUUGUUGUUGUUUUUUAAAUCAAUUUUUUUAAACUGUCAUUUUGUGUCCCGCUUGAAUAAACUUGGUUGGCUGCUUUAAAAAAAAAUAAAAUAAAAUAAAUAAA